CUACUAGACAGUCACAACAUCACAUCUGCAUGCAGCCACGCUGCGUACGAUCAGCGGAAAUGACGUACCAAUGUUUUGAAUCGCGCUAACAAGUAGCACGGAUACCACUGUACGUCCCUAAAUACAGUGGGGGAAAACACCUCGCUUCAUGUCCCCAUAACACCUGCCGCCCACAGCAGGAGAACGCCAUGGACCUCCACAAGAUCAUCCACAGCGCGCUGCAGGACUUCAUCCAGGCUUACAUUCCGGAUGCCGAUCUCAGCACCCUGGACGAUGUUCUUCUGUCUUACAUCACCGGAGUCCUGGAGGAUCUCGGCUCUCAGCACAGUGUGGAGGAGAACUUUGACGUUGAGGUCUUUGCCGAGAUGUUGGAAGCUUACAUACCUGGAUUUGCAGAAAUUGAUAGCGUCAAGGUCUGUGAGAUGAUGUUCAAUCUGGCAUCCAAACUAGCCAGCGCCCGGACCUCAGGUAAAACUGUUGAGCCCAAGGCGAGGACGGAAGGGAAUGCCCUGAAACUCACCACCCAGCCCUGCGAACCGCCACCAGGGAAAACGCAGUGCCUUAAAACACAAUCAGAGGGCGCCACUGCCAAGCUACCAGUGUCCGAGUGGGAGUCCCAGGAGCAGCACCUGCUAGAGAUGUUUCCCAAGUGUGGUCUGUCUGAGGCUCGCAGCGCCCUGUCCAUCGCCAAAGGAGACAUGGGGGAGGCCGUGCGCCUUAUCAUCGAGGGCGACGUCCAACUCAGCCCGUCUCCCCACAACGUGAACCAGGAGAAGAGUCUUUCCUCGCGAGCAGACAAGAACCUUAAAGAGAGCAUCCUUGAGAAGUACAUGCUGGUAGAUAGGGAGGAGGACAAGAAAACCCACCGGCCUGUCGCCCCCAAAGAUCCUCCAAAGAAGCUUGUUCGGUACCACGGUAACCAGGUGGUAACCACAAAAGGAGAGCGAUAUCAGCUGGUGAAGAAAGAGGAAGCAGAGGACCUGAAAAAGACGUAUGUCAACCUCAAGCCUGCACGAAAGUAUAGAUUCCAUUGAUGACACUCGUUGUGAGAGCAGAAACUGAAAAUAUGGUUUACACUUUUAUUUUAUUUAUUAAGGCCUAAAUGGUUCUUUUUUCCUAGUUAAGGAACAUAUUUUUAAGUGUCAGUGGCUUAUUUGUUAUAACCAUCUCAUGCCUUGGUUAAAUCAUUGGAUUAGGUUUGGUUCACUUUACAGCUUUCAACAUUUAGUGAUGUUUUAGUGAGGUGGUUGAAGCCUUGUUUCUGUAACAGCCUCUUUUUGCCAUCUCAGCGUGUCCGUUGUUCAUCGGGUUGGGUUUACGUCAUACGUUAUAUAUUCCUUUUAAUAUCCCAACAGACAAUAUCUUCCUAAUCAUGAAGAGAAUUUCAUCAUAAUCAUGACGAUGUGCAGAUGAAUCAAUGGUCUUUCUGUUAAUCUCGUGGUGCGGUAGAUUCUUCUGGCGUUUUAUAUUAUACAUUUUUCUUGAAUUUUUAAAAUGGAAAACCACUUUAUCUAAAUGAAACAUAACUGACGUGGCACAAAAUCAUCCAGAAUUGAGAUUUGUUUGCCUGUGGCUAACCAUCAAUUAAUUAGUAAAAGAUUUUGUUCAGCACAACAAAUGAAGUUCUCAAGAAUACGUACCAUUAAAGCACUCCAUUUCUUGCCGUGAUAAAUUGGAUAACUGGUUGACUCAUAAAAGUUGAGCAAAAAUGCUGCAGUUGAACUUGAUUUUCAAGUUCAUUCCCACAGCGUUCUCUUUAUUUUUGAUAUAGAUGUUUAGAUUUACAAAGUCUCUGAUCAUGUAUUUAUUGUGAAGAGGUGCUUUCAGGGCCUCUAUGUAUAAAAGUGUUACCAAAGUGGUCCUAUAUCAUGUUCUUGUUCAUCUCACUACUGUUUUGAAUUUUGCUUUGCUUGUAGUUGUGGAAUCUAUUACAAUUGGAUUCUUAUUUGUUGUAUAUUAUGAUGAAGGUGUUUUUUUCCAACAAAUAUAUACUGUGGUUUAGAAGUGUUUCCCUUUGCAUACAUCUUUAAAAACUAUAAGCAAUUGUUUUGGAUGGCGAAAAGUUUUUUUUGUUUUUCAACUGUUGAAGAGAUAUUACUAACUAUUAUCAAUGUCGUUAAUUACCAGGUGAAGCUGUUUAGUUUUAACCCUGUGCUUUGAGAAACCGCUGAUGCACAAUUUGUAGUAAACACUCAUUUUUGUAGAUCUUU